GGGAGGAGCCAGGGUGGGCUCGCGCCGUGUCAGGCUGGUGAGGGGCCGGUCAGCCAGCUCACCGGUUGUCAUAGUAACGGAGUGAAGUGGUUGCGAGGGCCGGAGGAGGCGACUCGGUCCAGUGCGGUGAGUCUCUCCUCCUCUGCCGGCGGUGCUGGCAAAAAGCAGGUGUUGGUGACAAAUAGUGGUAUGAUUCCAGUGAGUUACAAUCAGAAAAUGGCCCCAGGAAAGAGUAUCAAGUACUUGGAUCUGGUGCUGUCAUGUGAGUGGUCGGAUUGCACCUUUAUUGGAAAGACAAUGGAGGAGUUCUGUGAUCAUAUUGCUGCACAUCUGAAAGAGCAUCUUAAUGAGUAUGACAGUUUUGGUGAAUUAGAUGAGUUCCAGUGCCUUUGGCGAGGCUGUGGUUUUCUGGCAGUGGAAGGGCCCAAUGAGCUGGUGGUACACGUCAACUUUCACAGCUAUCACGCCAAGCUGAAACACUUCGGUUCGGAGCUGCAACGACUACGUCCUGAUUUGCCAGUGUGCUCCCUGGACAGUCAGAACCAAAAUUUGAUCCCAGAGAUUACAGAGACUUUCUUCUGCCAAUGGGAGCAUUGUGAUAGUACAUUUGACAAUCCAGAAUGGUUUUACCGGCAUGUAGAUAUGCAUGGACAGUGCACAGAUAAAGAAAUUCUUCCAAACAAAGGUGAAGCUAUUUCAUGCUGCUGGAAAGGUUGUGGUGCUACAUUCAAAAUCAAGUUUAAACUUCGCGAGCAUUUGCGGAGUCACACACAGGAGAAGGUUGCCUCGUGCCCCAACUGUGGAGGGAUGUUUUCCAACAACACCAAGUUUUAUGAUCAUGUUCGCCGGCAGACCUCGAAUGAGCAGAAGAUGUUUUCUUGUCAACACUGUGACAAGCAGUUUGCAAAUGAAAGACUGUUACGGGACCAUGUGCGGAAUCAUGUGAACCAGUUCAAAUGCCCACUAUGUGAUAUGACCUGCACUACUUUCUCCUCAUUAAGGACCCAUAUCAAGUUCCGCCAUUGUGAUGAGAGGCCAUAUGGAUGUGACUUCUGUGAGAACAGUUUUAAGAAUUUGUAUGACCUAAGGAAGCACAUUGAAACACACAAUGAUGAGCCUACUUACCACUGCAGCUCUGAAGGGUGUAAUUUUAGUGCUCGCAGUGUGCAAACGCUUAAACAGCACUAUAGAAGGAUACAUGAGGGGGAAACAAAGCCUCGAUACAAAUGUCACAUCUGUGCCAAAUGUUUCUCCUGGGCCUACACCCUAACAAUGCACCUCCGCAAGAUGCACCAGCUGAAGUGGCCUUCUGGGCAUGCACGAUUCAGAUACAAGGAGCAUGCCGAUGGAUACCUGCAGCUGCAUAUGGUCCGUUACGAAACUGUUGAGCUGUCACAGCAAAUCAUCAAGGACCUAGAGAAGAGGCAUGGGCGCCGAAGGAAAGCAAUUGAUGCAUGUCUUCCAGCACUGGACUCCUGCCAUAAGAUACUUUCCAGGAAACCUACAGCUGGAAAAGCAGCAAGAGAGGAUGACUAUCUUGCUUCAGCUGCCCAACUGAGAUGUGCCAGGCAGCAGGAAACCAAUCUACCAGCUAAGCCCACAUCCAAAACAUUGCCGUCAAAGCACAGUGACUCUUCACAAGCCUCCAAAGUGGGUGAGAUGGAUAUAGGUGUUCCUGGAAGAGACUCCUCUGUCCACUGUGUUCUCAGAGAUGUAGCGCAGACAGCACCAAAGCCAGCUACUGUCCUUGAGAGAAAUGAUGACAGUUCCUCUCUAGACCCUGUGGAAACGCUGGAGAAAGUAGCACGAGGGCUUGGAAUUCAGAUUAUUGGGUAGUCAUGGUUGCUGGUGGUGAAGCUGUAAAGCCUUGGUCACCAAGUUCUUUCAGAGAUAAUUGCCUGAAGAGAGAGUGUGAAGAGGUGGAGUUAUAUUUAAUGGAAUUCUGCUGACACUAUGCCAUCAGAAAUGCAUGGCUGCUGUUUGCUGUGCCAGGUGCUUUAGAGAAAUAUCAACCUUUUUCCCCCUUCUGUUUCACAGUGCUGAAGUUUAUUUGUCCAUUGUGCUUGAGAGAAUGGGCUCCAGAUCCUAUUUCUUAAUUUAGGCAUGUGAGGCUUAGACAGACCAAUAUAACAAGAAUGAGGGAAGGCCAAAUGAAACUAGUUGUAAGAUUAGGUGGGGUGUGAAAAUACAGUUAGAAAAGAUAAUGACUGUGAUGAGGAUAUCGCCUUUUUUUUUACUCUUUUCUUUUCUUGAAUUGCACAAAGUUUUGGAAUAGGUGUUAAACUGGGUUUUUGGGGAGACUUUAAAUGGCAAAGCCAUCUCCUGUCAAUACCUGCUGCAUGCACUAUCAGAUGUAGGUUCAUUUAUUUCCUGUUACAUGAUGUAAAAAAGUGCAUCAUGCAAAAAAAGUGUCUUUAUGUUUUAGUAAUGGGCAUGUUACUGUCUAACUGUAGAUCAUUGUCUUUCCUUAUUCUCAUUGGGAAGAGACUUGGUUUAUAAUUACAUUGACACUGAAGGGAUGACAUAAUUGGUUCAUGAUGUGAUGAGGGCCCUUGCCUUUAAAUAACCAUCUGGGGGCAACUGUUCUGAGGAAAAGUUGCUGACCUGAAAUAUUGGCUGGUUUCUCUUUCCACAGGUGCUGCUUGAUUGACUUCUUUCAGCUUUUCUGUUUUUGCAUCUGCAAUUUUAUUUGUUUUCUACUAUCCACAUUUAGUUGCAAAGAAGUACUCUUAGAUAUUAAUGUUUAUAUGCAGCCAUUUCAUUUUUAAAAGAUCUUUUGCCUUGGUCAUAACAACAGCCACCCCCCUGAGCAAUUGGUUACAGCUGUUGAAAAUAAAAAAAAAUUGCAGAUGCUAGAAAUCUAAAAUGAAAACAGUAAGUGUUAUAAAUUCUCAACAGAUCCAGCCUGACUGUAGGAAAGAAUGCAGUUAAUGAUUCCGGUUAAAGACCCUAAUGCCAGUUGUGAUGAAGGGUCUUCAAAUCUUCAAACUGAAAUGUUAACUCCUGUUCUUUUCUCACAGGUAUGGCCUGGUCUUGAUUAUUUCCAGCAUUUACAAUUGCACUUCAACUCAAAACCUUUGUCUUAUCUUUUAUAUCUUGUUUUGGGAUUACUUAUCCCACUUAACUGUUUAGUGUUUUAAAAAAACAGGAUGCUGGAAACACUGGUCAGGGAACACCUGUGGAAUGAGACAGUUAAUGUUUCACGUCCAGGAUCUUUAAUCUGAAUAUGUUUUUUAUCUCUGGAAAAUUUCUCUCCAGGCCAGUGACAGUGAAAUAAUUGCUAUGCUUCAGACACAUCACCUUUUCUCCACUCUCUAUCACAAAUAUUUUAGUCCAGAAGGCACACCACAAACAUAAAUGAUGCUAUUGACAUAAAUGCCUUCUGAGACCAGUAAAGGCUGAGUGUGUACACUGCUAAAUGGAUCAAGCUAGACCUCUAAAUUGUUCUGCCCCCUAGUAGAAACCAGUCUUAGAGAUCUGGCUUAGUGGUGAAUGGGCAGUGUUGCCUUAUGUGUAUUUUAAUUGAGUUUUAUGAAUAUUUCAUGAUGGGCUCAACCUAUUCUAGUGAGAACCAUAGCUCAAACUGUUUUUAGUUGCACAAUCAAUAAAUGAAACCAAAGGGAAUCCUUGGGUUUAUAAAGCCCUUUGUUUUUGAGCACGUUUAAGAUCUGAUAUAGGUCUGAAAGCUGGGACCGGUGAGCAAUCCAAACUGUUGAGCAGCAGUUAACGGCAUUGUACACUCAGACUGCUGCAUUGCAGCACAGAACAAAAUACCAUUGAUAAAGACAAUUUGCCAGCAGUGCAGUUUUAAUGACGGAGAACUGCCUUCUCCUUGUCUGGCAUGUAUCAUCUUCCAUCACGCACUUUUGUAGUCAACUCUUAAAUGCUUCCUCAGGUUCUCAUUUUACUUGGAAUAAGAACUGCCAGUCUUGCUGGUUACUGGCUGUACGCUUUCUCUGGAAAAGAAUGAGGACCAGAGCAGUUGGAUCACUUUGUGAUAACUGCAAUGAUUGAAACCUUAGAAACUCUAUUCAAUCUUAAAGAACAGAUACUGACCUAUUGAAGGCUGUGCAGUUUUACCUGUUUUUAAAUCUGUCCCACCAACUUUACCAAGAUAAAGGGAUAAGGCAAGGGAUUAGUUACUUCAAGGCUGGGACAAAUCUUUGUAUCAGAGUUGCCUUGGAGAACCCUGCACCAUCAGCAAGUUGAAACAGUUGUAUUUCUCCAAUAUAUAUGGCCUUGGUAAAGGAGCAGAAUCUUUUUAAACUAUGCAUCAUUUUCUUGCAUGUUGCUGAUGGUUCGGUUUUAAGCAUAAGGACAGUCUUGUUUCCAAGGGAGGUUGCUGUCAAGUUCCAAAAAUCCAGCAGGUGACUGGGACCAGAAAUAGGAAAUGGAAUCCCAGCAUUUUUUAAAAUCUUUGCUUACCAACACUGCCGCCUCAUAGAAUGCUAAUGGAACAAUGAGUUGCAGUUCAUUUGGGAAAGAACUGAGUUCUAUUUUAGCUCUGGGGUUUUUGAUGUUUUGUUUUACAUUUUAAAGAUUUGUAGAUAAUUUGCUGAGGAGCUAAAACUAUCUGUUUAUAAAUAGAAAAUGCAGAGCUGCUUCCAAAUUUAUCACUAAAAAACGUAGGUCUAGUUUAGAGACUCCAUUCUUUACUGCUGCCUUGCAUUAAAUUCCAUAUGAAAAUACUCAAAAGUAAUGAAUAACUGUAAUUUUCCAUCAAAUGGAAAAUUUCCUGCACUGCAAAAUAAAUUUGGAGUGUUUGUGUUAACUUGAUGUUUGAUCAAAUGAAUAAUUUGUAAACUGUUGUUUGGGGAUUGUGGUACAUGAUUUACAGUGGGAAUUUAUUAUUUUUAUUUUAGAUUUCCACCUUAUGCAGUUCUGUUUUAUCUUCAGUAGUUUAAAGUCUCUGCCCGCUAAUUCUGGAAAACAUCCAGUAUUUUAAAUGAAAUUGUUGUAAACGUGUAAUGGCAACAUGGUGUUGCUGAUAUUGUAAAGACUCGCACUAUGAACUAGUAUGGUGGGAAUGAAUUAAAAAUGUUUACAGUGCCCUAUGAAAGUAUUUAUCCCCCAACCCUUAGUUCAUAUAAAUAAGUAUUACAACCAGAGAUUUUGAUUAACUUAACUGAGAAUUUUUAUUUGUGAAGCGCAUGUUCUUUUUCAAAGUAGAGCCCAAAUAAACAGGAAAAAUUGUAAAACAUUAAAACUAAAAAUUCAGAAACUGAAAUGUCAGCAAUUCAAAAGUAUUCAUCCCUCUUUGCUCAGUACUUAGUUGAGCCUCUUCUCGCAGUUAUUACAGCCAGUAAUCUUUGUGGCUUUUGUUAAAAUCUUUUUUAUUACAGCCAGUAGUCUUUGUGGUAAGUCUUUAUUAGCUUUGCACAACCUGAUGGACCAAGAUUUGCCCAUUCCUCGCAAAAUUGCUCAAGUUAUGCCAGAUUAUUUAGGGAGCAGUGGUGGACAUCAUUCUUGUGGUCUUGCCAGAGAUGUUUGAUUAGGUUAAGGUGACUGGGCCACUAAAGGAUGACAAUUUUCUUCAUUUGAAGACACUCACUUUUACAGUGUUGUCCUGCUGAAAGAUUAAUUUCCUUCCCAGUUUAAGCUUUCUGGCAGAAGCUAGGAGGUUUCUAUUCAGGAUUUCUCUGUAUUUGGCAACAUUUAUCUUCCUAUCAAACCCAACCAGAUUUCCAGUCCCUGCUGCUGUCCCCAUAGCUCAAUGCUACCUCCACCACACUUUAUAGUAGGGAUAGUGUUACAUCGUUGAAGUGCAGUAUUAGAUUUACACUGCACAUACCACUUAAGAGUUGAGGCCAAAAGGUUCCACUUUAGUCUUAUCCGACCACAAGAUCUUCUUCCACAUCUUUACAGGAUCUUUUAAGUGAAGCUUUGCAAAGUCUUUAUGGGCAAGGAUAUAUGUUUUUUAUCCAGGGCUUCUUGCUUGCCACUGUCCCAUAAAUACCUUUUUGUUUAAGGCCUUAGAGAUUGUGGAGCCAUGAACAUCAUCUCCAGCUGCAGCCACUGACUUCUGCAGCUCCCUCAGAGUGACUGUUGGUGUCACAGUACCAUCUCUUAACAAGUGCCAUUCUUCUCCAACCACUAAGUUUAGAGGGGUGACCUGACCUAGUCACUGUGGCUGUGGUUUCAUAUUUUUCCCACUUUCUCAUGAUGGACUGAGCUCCGAGGUGUUUUCAGUGCCUUUGAGGUGGUCUUGUACCCUUCCCUAGGUUUGUGCUUCUGUGUUAUCAUUUUCCUGACUUGCUUUGGCUUCAUUUUGGUUUGGUCUGUUGAAAAAUCUACCAAACCAUUAGACUUGCAUUGAAUUCAGAAGAAUAAAAUACACUGUCAUCGAAAACAGGUGAUCUUCUAAUUUUCUACAUUAACUGAGCAUUGUAAUUACAAAGAGGAUGAAUGUUUUUUCAGUUUCACAAUUUGAGUUUUUAAUUUUUAGUAAAUCGUUGACAGGUUUUGGAAUUUUUCUUUUGUUUUGACAUGAUGCACAAUGUUUUGUAGAUUAACUCAAAAAUCCUACUUCAAUAUAUUAUAAAUUUAGAAAAGGAGACUUUAAAAGGUGAAAAUAGUUCUGGGGGCUAAAUACUUUUUCAAAGCAUUAUAGUUAAAGACCAUUUAAAAUGUACUGGUUUUCAUAGGAUUUUGUUGUUGUAUUUUGUACUGGGCACAGCCAGGCUAAUGUUGUUUAACAUGAUUCAUCUCAAGCUGACUGAAGUGGGAGUGUAUUUUUAUUUGCCCAUAUAGCUGGGAGCCUCACCUACAAGGAGCAUCAUUCUACCUGGCCCAGCAAGUGCAGACUUGUUAAUGUUUAUAUCUGCAAUAGCUGUUCAAUUUAAAAUAUUUGCAGUUUUUAAUUGUAGUUCCAAUUAGUGGUUAUGUUGCAAAUAAAAGAUAUAACUAGUUUUUUCACUGUCUAAGAGCUUGUUAAAUCAAGAUUACUUUGUUUUUUUUUAAUUUGACAAUACUUUGUUGUUGCUUCCAGUUUGUCUGAUAUUCCUUGUUCUUACAUCCAGCGCCAGUGCUGGUAAAGCAUUAACCAGCCAUGACUACAUUGUACUCACUGUCUUUGUCUCCAAGGCAAUAGGGAUGGGCAAUAAAGCUUGGAUCCACC